UGGACGAGACGACAGUGGAAAAAUUCCCCGGCGUGGACACAAAGAACUGUGCGGUACUAAUUGUGGAGGAAAAUGGCGCUGUCGUCUGCAGGAGGAACAAAGAAGAAAGUUUGCUAUUAUUAUGACGGCGACGUGGGUAAUUAUUACUAUGGUCAGGGUCAUCCCAUGAAACCCCACAGGAUCCGUAUGACCCACAACCUGCUGCUCAACUAUGGACUGUACAGGAAGAUGGAGAUCUACAGACCCCACAAGGCCAGUGGAGAGGAGAUGACCAAGUACCACAGUGACGACUACAUCAAGUUCCUGCGUUCCAUCCGGCCAGACAACAUGUCAGAACACAGCAAACAGAUGCAGAGAUUUAAUGUGGGAGAGGACUGCCCAGUGUUUGACGGCCUGUUUGAGUUCUGUCAACUCUCAACGGGAGGCUCUGUCGCGGGGGCAGUGAAGCUGAACAAGCAGCAGACGGACAUCGCCAUCAACUGGGCCGGAGGACUCCAUCAUGCCAAGAAGUCUGAGGCCUCUGGGUUCUGCUACGUCAACGACAUAGUCCUCGCCAUCCUGGAGCUGCUCAAGUACCACCAGAGGGUGUUGUACAUAGACAUCGACAUUCACCAUGGAGACGGAGUGGAAGAGGCUUUCUUCACCACAGACCGGGUCAUGACGGCCUCCUUCCACAAGUAUGGAGAAUACUUCCCUGGCACCGGAGACCUGAGGGACAUUGGAGCAGGGAAGGGGAAGUACUAUGCUGUUAACUACCCUCUCAGAGACGGCAUCGACGAUGAGUCUUACGAAGCCAUCUUCAAACCUGUGAUGGCUAAAGUGAUGGAGAUGUUCCAGCCCAGUGCAGUCGUGUUACAGUGUGGAGCCGACUCUCUCUCAGGAGACAGACUGGGCUGUUUCAACCUCACCAUCAAAGGUCAUGCUAAGUGUGUUGAGUACAUAAAGAGUUUCAACCUGCCUAUGUUGAUGUUGGGAGGUGGAGGUUAUACCAUCCGUAACGUGGCCCGCUGCUGGACCUACGAGACCGCCGUGGCUCUGGACAGCAUCAUACCUAACGAGCUGCCAUACAACGACUACUUUGAAUACUUUGGUCCUGACUUCAAGCUCCACAUCAGCCCGUCUAACAUGACCAACCAGAACACCAAUGAUUACCUGGAGAAGAUCAAACAGAGGCUGUUUGAGAACCUGCGCAUGCUGCCCCACGCCCCGGGGGUUCAGAUACAGGCCAUCCCAGAAGACGCUCCACACCCGGACUCUGGAGAUGAGGAGGACGAGGACCCUGACAAACGCAUCUCCAUCAGGGCCCAUGAUAAGAGGAUUGCCUGUGAAGAGGAGUUCUCUGACUCUGAGGAUGAGGGACAGGGAGGAGGGGGAAGGAGGAACGCUGCCAACCAUAAGAAGACCAAACGAGUCAAGACUGAGGAGGAGAAAGAGGAGACCGAGGAGAAGAAAGAAGUGAAAGAUGAGGAUAAAGACGCUGAAGAAAAGAUGGACACAACAGGGCCAAAAGAAGAAACUAAGACGUGUUGAAGCAUCAGAUAUGAGUUUCCAGUGUGUGUGUGUGUGUGUGUGUGUGUGUGUGUGUGUGUGUGAAAUGGUUCUCUUAAUGCUGUGUUAGUAUUUCCUCAUACGCCGUAAAAUCUUUUGGCCUUUUGUCAGUGUUGAAAUGCAAGGUGUUUUCAAAAAUAUUUUUUACUCACAUCUCUACCACCUUCUUUUUUUUCUUCCCUGAACCACGUGAGAAUCUGAAGCUGUAGUGGGGCCCGUAGUGGGGCCCGUAGUGGGGCCCGUAGUGGAGCCUGUAGUGGGGCCCUGUAGUGGGGCCCGUAGUGGGGCCCGUAGUGGGGCCCGUAGUGGGGCCCGUAGUGGGGCCCGUAGUGGGGCCUGUAGUGGGGCCCUGUAGUGGGGCCCGUAGUGGGGCCCGUAGUGGGGCCCGUAGUGGGGCCCGUAGUGGAGCCCGUAGUGGGGCCCGUAAUGGGCCCUGUAGUGGAGCCUGUAGUGGAGCCUGUAGUGGAGCCUGUAGUGGAGCCUGUAGUGGGGCCUGUAGUGGAGCCUGUAGUGGGGCCUGUAGUGGAGCCUGCUUUAGAUUCUCAGGUGGUGUUGAGGGGAAAGGUGGAUACCUAGUUGUACGAAAGGUUGCUGGAUCGAAUCCCCGAGCCGACAAGGUAAAAAAUCUGUCAUUCUGCCCCUGAGCAAGGCAGUUAACCCACUGUUCCCCGGGCAUCGAGGACGUUGAUUAAGGCAGCCCCCUCCCCGCACCUCUCUGAUUCAGAGGGGUUGGGUUAAAUGUGGAAGACAACUGACUAGGUAUCUCCUCUUUCCCCUCAACAUGACCUGAGAAUCUGAAAAGAGGGUGGUCAGGAUUCAAUCCAAGGCACGUUUAUAGUGCACUGUUCUCUUAAGUCUUUUAAAGCUGCAGCUGAUACCGUGAAUGUGAUCUCCGCCACUCUAGGGAGAAAAAAAAAAUGUCUUUACAAAAACUUCAUUGUCUGAUGCGCUGCUUUUUAACGCUCCUUGGAUUGAAUCCCAGGCUCCUUUAGUUCCUCCAUCUUCACUUGACCUCAGGUAACAUCAGUGAAAGCCAAUUCCCCCCUGAGGUAACAUCAGUGAAAGCCAAUCCCCCUGAGGUAACAUCAGUGAAAGCCAACCCCCUGAGGUAACAUCAGUGAAAGCCAAUCCCCCCUGAGGUAACAUCAGUGAAAGCCAAUCCCCCUGAGGUAACAUCAGUGAAAGCCAAUCCCCCCUGAUCAUUUAUUUUUUUAUUUUACCUUUAAUUAACUAGGCAAGUCAGUUAAGAACAAAUUCUUAUUUUUAAAUGACGGCCUAGGAACAGUGGGUUAACUGCCUGUUCAGGGGCAGAACGACAGCUCGGGGGUUUGAACUUGCAACCUUCCGGUCACUAGUCCAACGCUCUAACCACUAGGCUACCCUGCCGCCUCUACACUCUAACCACUAGGCUACCCUGCUGCCGGUCAUACCACAUUCACCUGUCCAGCUGGACUGAUCCAAGAGUUGGAAAAGGAAUCUCACUUUUCCACUGCAGACAUUCCCCCUUUUUUGAACAACAGUCACCAGACCCUAUUCUACAGGAAGUUCUACAGGAAGUUCUUUUGAAUCAUGGAUCAACAAAACAUAUUUUUACGGCUGCUAUAUGUAACUUUUUGGGUGACCUGACCCAAUUGAAGUGUGUGUGUGUGUGUGUGUUAUAGAUCUAUCAUUUUUAAUUGAAAGGAAGUAGAUCUGUUCGGUCUUAAUUCUAUGCUUCCUUUUUAAGUUUUUAUUUUGAAGCACUUUGUUUUUAUAAAUCAGCUUCAAACAGCUGACAAUACAAUUUGUUUAUUUAUUAUGGAAAAGAUGGUACAAUAUGUGUUUUGUCAAACUGAAAUGAGAUAAUUAGACAAAUUAUUUGAAUUUUAACAACCAGGAAAUGGCAGAGAGAUUUCUGCGUAGUGCAGCCUUUUUAAGCACACCUUCCUAAUAUUGAGUUUCACCCACUGUCCUUUCGCCCUCAGAACAGCCUCAAUUAAUCAGGGCAUGGACUCGACAAGGUGUUGAAAGCGUUCCACAGGGAUGCUGGCCCAUGUCGACUCCAAUGCUUCCCACAGUUGUGUCAAGUUGGCUGGACGUCCUUUGGGUGGUGGAUGUUUCUUGAUGCCCACAGGAAACUGUUGAGCGUGAAAAACAGCGCUGCAGUUCUUGACUCAACCCGGUGCAGCUGUCACCUACCGUACCCUGUUCACUUGGAUUGUGUGUAACAUUGAGGGUGAAUGAAUAAGACAAAAGAUUAGUCUCGGUUUAAAAAUCCUUCUUUAUCCUGUCUCUUCCCCUUCAUCGAUGUGGAUUUAACAAUUGACUAUUUUAAUUUAACCAGGCAAGUCCGUUAAGAACAAAUUCUUAUUUACAAUGACGGCGGAACCCCGAUGACGCUGGGCCAAUUGUGUGCCGCCUGAUCGCAGCUGAAUCCGAUACAGCCUGGAAUCGAACCGGGGACUGUAGUGGUGCCUCUUUCACUGAAAUGCAGUGCCUAGCCCAAAUAAAUAAAUUCAGCUGAUUUCACCUGGCCAGUCUGUCAUGAAGAGAUGUUGUUUUAUAUUACUAUACAUUCUGCUUUACUCUGUUCCCUGGGUUGGUUUCUCUCAGAUGACUGUACGCUCCACACUCCUUCCUUUUUAUCUCGUUUUAUAUUUCUAAAAGGAAAUGUUUGUUUUUUAGGUCAUUGGGUAUGUUGUAUGUUAAAGGGUGAGGUUUCCCCCUCAGUGUGUAUAGGGGCAACUUCACCCUACUGUUGGGAACCAUGUUUUAAACAUUUACAUUUAAGUCAUUUAGCAGACGCUCUUAUCCAGAGCGACUUACAACCCUUGGUAUUUUCUACUGUAAUAAGUGAGCACAUGUUGUUUACAAAUGUGUGUAACUUGUUUUUAUAAUGGAAAAAAUAAUUGAUUUUAAUGCUUGGUA